AUGUCAUCAUCAAUAACAUUUAAUAUUCGCUUAUUACAUGAAUAUGAUCAUGAUCAAGUUUUAGCAUUAUUAUUAAAUUCAUUUUUUAAAGAUGAACCAGUUGCACAAUGUCUUCAAUUAACUGAACCAUUAGAAUUUGCUAAAAAUAUUAUUAAAGAUUGUUUACAAGAUCAAUGUUCAUCUGUUGCAUUAAAUACAGAAACAAAUCAAAUAUCUGGAAUUUGUCUCAAUACCAUUAAACGUAAAAAUCAAUCACAAAAAAAAUUUAAAUAUGAAGAAAAACUUCAAUUUUGUUGUCAAUUUUUUGUUGAUGUGCAUAAAAAUUUAAAUGUUUUUGAUAAAUUAAAUGCUAAUACUCUACUUCAUAUAGAGUUUAUAAGUAUUGAUAAAAGUGCACGUGGUCAUGGGCUUGCAUCACGCCUCAUAGAAAAAAGUAUUGAAUAUGCUCAAGAAUUAAAAAUUCCUGGUGCAUUUGCAGAAGCAACAAAUCUUAUCUCAUUAAAAUGUUUUAAACAACAACAAUUCAAUAUACUUGAUGAACUUAUAUAUAUGAAUUAUGAUUCAAAACGCUUGGCAAAUCUUAAUGAUGAAAAUAAUGAUCGAUGUUAUCUUGUUGCUCGGAAAUUUUAA